GGUCCGGAAUUGUCUCCAAUAUUUUCCGUUUCUUUACGAGAGUUGCCAAGAGCUCUGAGAAAAAAAGGAAACAAAACAAAAACACGAAACAAAACAGACACAGGGCAGAAGACAAGGAAAACAUCGGCUGAGUUUCCUCAUUUUUUCAUCGGACCUACAGUCAAACGGACAAGGGGAAACACGUGUUGAUAUCAGAACUGAUAAAUGCACCAGGAACAAUUACAAGUGGGAAAUCGGCAGUUUACAUGUCCAGGUCCGAUAAUGAUAUGUAUGUGUUUUUUAAGAUCUUUUAAAGUAACCAAAAUUAGAAUUGCUACACAAAGGUCGCUUUCAGUAAAUCACCUGCUAGGCAAGAUAUUCGUUGAAAAUGUCUUUUUUUUCGCGAGUGCUCAUUCAAAUUGAUGCCUAAUUGUACUGUGAGAAAAGUUUGCGUGUCCACCAUCUUUAAGUUAAUGCAGAAUUUAUAAAUUGCGACACGAAUAGCUUAGAAAAGAAAACCUUUUUUUAAUUUUGUCUCCGUUUUGAAGGGUUUCCGACCACAGUUUAUCUUCCGAUGAAAGUGUCAUCUGAAAAAUUGAUGGAAAUUGCUUUCGGGGUUAAAAUCAUGAGUUUUUAGUUGGAUUAAUUUCAAAAUCAAAUAAUAUUUUUUUAAGAUUAAUUUUCAAAAAGUUUUGAUAAAAAAAAGACACCUGAAAAACAUACUUUAAUGCAGUUCUCUUUUUGCUCCUAUUAUACUUUUCGAAAUGGUGCUCAAAUAUGUAACAAGUUUGGUAGAGCUCACGAGGCAUUCAGUACAAAGUUAUCAGAACAGCGCCAAGUAUUGUUGAGUGACGAGUUUAAGUGGGCGAGUUGCUUUGUCACUUUUUUCACAAUUGGAGAGAAAAAAAGAAGUUCGCUAGUCCUUAAAACAAUACCUUAUUCUAAAUUUGUCCUCAAUUUUGAUUAACAAUUCUAUUAGGGAAAAGCCUUGAACAUAAAUAUUUGGAUGACAGUUGAAGCGAGACAAGGGUUCGUUGAUCCGUUCAAAUGAUUACAUAAACAACAGCGUCACUAUGACGUAAAAGGAACUUUCCAAAACAAUCAAUUCCCACGUUCUUUUCAAAGAAGUUUUCAGAAGGGUUGAUGAAAUUGCACGAAAAAUUCGCAGCGUGAUGACUGAUUUUUUGCCGAUAAUUUUUCUGCUCAUUCGCCCUCUAUUUGGAGAGAUUUUCGCCUUUUAAUGGGAAAAUUUAAUCGCGCGCGGAGGCGUAUGUUUAAAUACGUUUGGAAAUUUUGGUAGUGACGACAUUUAAGGAGCUGAAAGAGAACUUGAACAGCCCUCUGCUUUGUUACAAGUGAGAAUGAUUGCAUGGACCUGAAGCUUGACAUUCGAUCAGUCGAAGGCUUGAUUUACGAGAAAACUCAUCAGCAUCUUUCCAACCGCCUUUCAACUGAUCAUGUCUUGUCUGACAUAUGUUGAUUCACCACUGUCUGCGCCGUAUAUAGAAACGGAACUUCAAAAGAGUGCUCGUCUUUGUUAUAGAAGAGGAUUUUCAUCAAAGGGUUUGUCCUUGACGAGCGACAUGAAACCUGCACAUCACACUCUUUUUCGCGACCAAGUGAGUACACUUGUGGACUGGUUUGGGAGGUGGAACGAGUGUGAACAGACUAUAGCGUUGUAUACGCUUUUGAAGCGCAUAUCCACCAUUCAAGCCAAGUUUCUAUCGUUAAUUCUGGAACACACAUUUAGGGAGGAUUCCUUUGAAGUUCAGAUGAUGCAAAGGCGAGCAAACGACAAAGAAUUUUUAGGCAAUCUGAUUCGGGAGAGCAAAGACGUUGCAGUAAAACAGCUUCUAAUACACCUCCCUCUUCUCAAUCCACGAAAUGAUGACGCAAGACAUGAGUACCUUCAUUUACUUCCCAAGAUCCUAAACCACACUGUGGAGCACUCCGUACAUCAAGAAGAGUGUCGUCAGCUCUUGUCACUGGCUGUGGUGCAUCCAGCCUUUCCAGCUCAUGAGCGAACUUAUCUUCAUCACUGGCUGAGCAAACUUGAUCAAAGCCUUGGAGUACAAGAGAGGAUGCAAACUACAAAUUCAUUUGUCAAUGAAAAUUCAGAUGUGUUACCCAAUACAGGUUGUGAGAACCUUGUUAGACAGAACUACAUGCGAGGUCGCAUGAAUGGCUGGCGUAACCAACAGCUUGUUCAUGUGGACUCUGGAAUUGGCGGCUCAUUUGAAACACCAACAAUUCAAACACAUCUUUCAAUUUCAUCAUCAUUACGAAAGAGCCGAUCCAAUUCCCUCACUCCUCCACCACCCAUUGAAAUACAGGACUCCAUUUUGGAGGAUUUCCCAGAAAGUUGUGAGAUUGAAAAUCGUCCGGGCAGGUCCCAGUCAUUUCCAGUGGAUCCUCAUCGACUAAAUAACUCUCUUUCACCUCAAUCAUCUUUGGACAGUGAGUACGAUGAAAAUGGUUGCCGACAGAGAGGAAGUAGCUUCAAUGAAGAUGCUCGGCCAGGCAUGAAAGAGGUUGGUUCUUGGUUAAAAAAUUUAAGAUUGCACAAGUAUGGAAGUUUGUUUGCCCAGCUUUCUUAUGAAGAGAUGCUUGGUUUAACUGAUGAGUACUUGGAAACUAAGGGUGUAACCAAAGGGGCCAGGAACAAAAUUCUACUGAGUAUCAAGAAAUUGUCUGAAAGACCUGAAACACUGAAUCGUUUGGAAAAGGAAGUGCUUCAGCAAGGAAAACUUCAGGGAGUUCUUGUUGCACUUAAAGAUAUAAUAAUUACACCAAUAAAACCAUUUAGUCCUCCUCCCUCGGAGAACUCGCCCUGUGGUUCAUACCCACCCACAUUGACAGGACAGCAACCCCCAUCGACUCUACCUCCCCACCCAGAAGACUUAGCAUCAAGAAUUACAAGAGUGUUGGGCAAAGCUUGUACUCAGAUUCUUGUAUCAAGAGCAGAUGAGGAACAUUGUAACACCUAUCUUCAACUUUUGGACAGAGUUCUUUCGCUCGAGGCAUUUACACAGACCCAAAAACAAAGAAUUCAGUCAUGGAAGCAAGAAUGUCAAAGACUUGGCAGACAAAGAAGGCCGUCACAUGAGAAUAGGGCAAGAGGAUGGUACAACAUGGGCCACAACUCAGGGGAUUCCAUAGGAGGGAAUCAUGGGCCUCCUGCAGGUUCAGGGGCCAUGAACAAGCGUCACAGGGGCUCACCUCGUAAUACUGUUAAGAACCCUGCUGGUCAGCUUCGAAGCAACAGUGCUGAGACACAAAUGCACUCUAAACCAAGACUGGUGAGGUCACAUGCUGUUGUGGGAAGAACAAAGUCUCUGCCACUUAAACCAACACAACAGAGCAGUAUUGUCUUGCCUCAGCAACUCUCUGCAGAUCUUGAGAACAUUGAUGAUGGAUUAGAGUCCCUUUGUCUCAGUGUUACUGAACAUGCCCUUUCUGAUUCAUCAGACCCAUCAGUAAAUUAUAAAUAGCACAUGUGUAACCAGACUACAGGAUGUAACGUAAGCAAACGAGUUGCUUUAAAAGAGCACACAGAGGCCAUUAUUAUUCAAUGAUACUGGGGAAAAAUAUCCCUCCGAAAAAGCACAAGUACAGCAGAGGACAACAGCAUACAGCCAAAAAAAUUACGAUCAUAAGCGAUGCCUAUUUCAUCUUUAAUGUUUGAAAGCUCAUAGAGGUUUAAUAAGGCUGUGUGUCAUGCCAUUUAACUGGAUCCUGGAAUGAAUGGCCUUAAAAAUUGUGAAUAUUAUGUAAUUACUACAGUUAACUUGGUCCUUGGUAUUUAAACCAUUGAAUCAUGGUAUCUUAGGAAUGUAAUUUGUAGUAGUGUCUUUUGACUGUGCUUCAGAAAUUGCUGAAAAAGCAAAUUUGACCUCAUGAGGUUGGUUUGAUCAUGUUCAGCAAUUUUCUGGUUUUGUUUGUCUGUUGUUUUUUCAAAAUCCACAAAUUUAGGUUUAUGCCGUAUUAUUUGUAUGCAGUGAGGUCUCAUUUUCAUUUUUUUUUCUUUUUCUGGUUAGACUUGUACAUACUUUGGAUAGCAACUGUGACAUGUAGAUAAUUGCUAAAAGUUUAUUUUUCAUAAUUUUUGUGUUUUGUUUUUCCAUAUCUUGUUUAUGUUGUGUUAGUUCAAACCACUGUGUUGUUUUUGCUUGAGUGUUAUUUAAAAACAAGCGGCAGUAAAAUUUUUGCAGAAUGUCUACUUGUUUUCUAAAAUUAUUUCUAAAGAUGUUUGUUUGUAAAUAAACUGCUGACUUUAAAAGAUUAGGAAGGCAGUAUAAAACAUAUUGUUUUUGUCUAAGUAACUAUUUGCAAGAAACUUUUGGGUAGGGUUUAAUUUGCCCUAUCAAGUUAAGUAAUUAAUUUUAGGAAUUGAAUUUGUUUCAUCUUUACUGUUGGGUCCUCAAUGAUUAUAUUGUUCUGAGAAACUCUGAUGUUGUUAGCUUCAUGACAAUUUUCAAAUGACUAGCAAUCACUCUCUCUAUCACAUUUUAAAUUGGGAAAAAUUUUGGUAACCUAAAAUGAUUUAUUCAUAUAAUUGGUAGCAAACCCACUGAAUCACUUUUAAUAGAGCCAUCUUUUUUUAUAAAUUUUAUUUCAGGUUAUCUAGAAAAGUUUUACUUUUUUCCUUUUUUUUUUUCUUUUUUUCAUAGAAAGCUUACGCAAAUAACUGUGACAGGAAUUUUUUGGUUCUUAAGAAAUAUGUGAUCAUGAUUUUAACUAAUUGUCAUUGAGCAUUUUAAAUUACAUGUCACUUCUAUGUCAUUUAUUGGGAACGUUUGAUGUUGGGCUGUUUAUGUACAAAGAGGAAUUCCCAUGGAUACAGUGCAUUUCUUUGCAUCAUGCAGAAGACCACAACAUUGAAAUUAUUUGUUCGCAUCCAAAUUGAAGUUUGGGCAAUCUUUAAAUUUGAAUUUGUUGGAUCUAUUAAACUUUAUGUGCAGGCUGGAAUUGUUAUUUCAAAAAGAAAACAUUAUUUGGUAGUUUUACAGCAAUUGGCUUUUCUUGAAAAACUGGUAGAUUCCAUGAAGUUAAGGGUAUUUCGCAAUUGGAGAAGAGUGCAGAUCUUGUAUCAUUUUAUUUGAAUCAACAAAUUUCAUUUUCACUUUUAUUUCCCCGAAUAGUGGUCAUGUACAUAUAUCCUCAGGAAGUGUCAACUAAAAUAACACCAGAAUUGCUCAUUAAAUAUCUUUUAAAGUGAGAAUAAUAUAUAACUCUUCAAACAUCUGUUCAUCCUACAGUCUGUGACAGUAAUUCAUAUCAUGGCAUUUGAAAGAUUUAAAAACAAAAACACAAAAACAACCUGAUGCUGGCAUUGUCAAUGAAAGUUUGUAAUAGUAUCUAAGUGCAGGUCAUAGUAAAGUACAAGGUUUAGUAAAUAAUUAUUAAAUUGACCAAGAAUAUUGCAUAUACUAUUACCAUAAAUACCUCACAAACAUAGCAUGUAUUUCCUUCCACAGUCCUUCAGUACUCGAAUAAGGUAUCAGUUUAUUGAAUGUAAGACCUAUGUAAUACCAAACAGAAUUAUAGAAGUACAUUUAUAAGUGCUGUUAACCAUUAAUGCUUUGGGUACUCAGGAAGGCGUGCUAUAAAAGGAAUUAUAUGCCACCUGUAAGGGAAUAGAAUUCUGUUAUCAAGAAUGUAUAGACCCAACUGUACUCGUUACCUUGUAUUCCAUGACUUUUAAUGGGAUAUGGUUCAAGACAUGAAAACUGUUUGACCAUUUUUGGCACUAAAAUUAUUUGAAGCUCUUUACUGUAGAAUCAAGGUAACUGAUUCAAACAAGUUGAAUGUUAAAUUUAUCAUUUGUUUUCAGUGAAGGUGAACUUUUUCUCCUUAAAAAAAAUGAGAGCUUGCUUUAACUUGUUUACUGUUGUUCAUGUUGUUAAUGAGUGGUGGAAACCUUUCUUUUGGAGCACCUUUCUUGUUGAAAGCAUAAGAAAUCCGUAGGAAGUAUUUUUUAAGAUGUCGUUAAUAAUUAUUGUGUUAUUUUCCUAGUUUAACUAAAAUAAUGUCCAUUGUUACUAGGUGUGCAAGAAAUGCCGAACAUUGUCAUUGUCAAUUUAAUGUCAAUCUUAUUUAUAGAAUGGUUUAAAAAGUACAAAAGAGUUAGGUUAUUUUCAUGACCUUUGAGGAUGGACAACAUCAGCUAGUACUGAUGAAAAAUUCAUUGAGUGGCACAAGCUGAUCACUUGCUGUGCAAGUCUUUAGCUUCCCUUGUCAUUCCUCAUAUGUUCUGAAAGUAGAUUAAAUUUGCUUGAAGAAAAUCAACAUUGUUGGAGGAAAUGGCUAUUGUUAAAUUUACUGAAUGGAUAAGCAUCGUGGGGUUAAGGUUUGACUGAUAAUUUUUUAAAUGGUAUUUAUCUCUCUUACAAGUGCAUUUAUUCUCUUUGUAAGCAAAUUAUAGGCGACAUUUAUUGUUCAAAGCACCAAGAAAUAAAUUUAGGACAAUUGACUGUUAAAUACUUUUCUUUGAGGAAGUUCUUUUAAGAAAUGAAGGUUGUGUUUUCCACAAAAUUGCUUGUAAAGCACAAAAAUUUUCUUGUUCUCAAGAACUUAUUUCAAACCCCCCAAGAGCCUUUUCUCCUUUGAGGAUUGUAGGAGAAUUCAGUUCAAUUUUAAAUCCUGUAUUUUGUUGAAUAUGUUCUGCCUGUUUUCAAAGAAGUAUAGAGCAGGUGACUGUGAUCUUAAUCAAUGGUUGUUGUUAAAACAGUUCUCAUUCUUCUUAUUUAAAGGUUGACAACAUUUGUUCCAUCAAUGUUGAUUUUUCUUUAAGCUUUGUUGAAAUCUUGUUAACCCUAUGGGUUGUAGUGUUUAUGAUCACUGUUAAAACAAAGGUUGAGUGCUCACUGAUUUGUUCAAGGGCAGUUUGUCUAAAAUGUUUGUAAGAUUGGAGUAUGUUAAUAAUUUAGUGUUGUAAGCAGAGUUAGGUUAGAAUGUCAAGAACAGUAGACCAUGAAAAUGAAUGUGAUAUCAUACUUAGAGGUAGUUUUUUUCCCUUGCAGCAACUGCAAUAAAAUGUUGUUAAAUGAA